AGAUGCCAACUGCGGUAUUGUCUCUUAUUUAUAUCCAUCCUGCCCGAGCAACUCAGGCACAGGACUCAAGAGGGCCCCUCCCCAUCCAUACGGUCAACGGCAAGCCUCGAUGGCCCGGGGAGACUCGAUCCUGCUGCCCCAUCCGGACGAGAGCUGAAUCACCCACGCGCCGCCCGACUGCAGCGCGGGAACCUAGCGUGGGUGUAGGCGAUUCCUGGUUGUGGUGUAAGUUCGUUGCGCACCCCGCCUUUGGUACCUUUUACUACAGCCAUGCCUUGAAACAAAAUCUGGGGUGACUUCGGAUCCAACUGGUGGCCGAAAUAUCGGUCGCUGGCUCGGACCCGGCAACCAGGAUUUUCACGGUGAACAAAAAUGGAACGCGU